AUAGCAUUAUCAGAUCGACAUAGUGCUUUUCCACCGACACCAUCCGGUUGUAUUCCGAAACGUAACGAUAUCCUACUGAAUGAUAUUCAAAUACAGGAUACAGUUGCUCCUUCUAAUAAUUGUAUAUGCAAUAGGCCAGCUAGUCAUAUUGUUUGUACCAGAUGCGGGUUUGAACUUGUUGGACGACUUCAAAAAGUUUGUCCAGAACAUCCAAAGAAAUUAGCGCUCAUGGAUCAUCGUGAAUGUCCAAACAGGCUAUGCAAAAGUAUUCAUUUAAUUGAAGUAUCACUUCAACAUUGAACAAAAAAAAA